AUGAUUGUUUUAGUGAGAGUGUUAAAAUCGGAAAAUCCUCAAACUAUUGCAGAAAGACAAAUCAAGUUGUUUAAUCUUAUAACACAAAAAAGUUCUGUUAUAUUUUCUUUUACUUUGACUGAAACGGUUUACUUAGUGGAGUUACGAAUUGAAAAAGAAACACUUAUAACAUACGUUACUGAAAACACACUAAAUAAACUAAAAGGGUGGUACGAAAAGAAAAAAGAAAUUGAGACUCAACCCAUUAUACAAAACACUGAAGUUGGUUAUUCAAUCCAACGUAUUCUAGGAAUUGCACGUUCAUUAGUUGGACCAAUUGGGUAUUUAGUUUUAAGCAAUAAAGACUCUCAAACAAAAGUUGAGUUUAAACAAGAAAGUGAAGUUAAUGGUUAUUUUAUUAAACAGUAUAUUGAUCGUCUUCGUUUAACACAAACAAGACAUCAACACCAAUGGAAUAUUGAUAAUGAGAUGAUAAAAUCUUUUUCUGAUGAAGAAAGAAAAGUGAUUAAAAUCAUUAUAAAUUCAGUCACAAAUAAAAAAUCCUAUAUUCAAUGGAGUAGGGAGAAGUUUACCCAAUUUAUUCCUUCAUUCAUUCAUUUGUUAAGAGGUUGCGGAUAUUUAGGUAGUCUUGCUAUUAUAUGUGCCGAUGAACUGGUUUCAUUUUAUCAAAGUCGAAUUGAUUCAACAAAUACAUUGCUAAAGGGAUUUGCUCCUUCUUCAUUUUGGCCAUCUCUAACAUCACAAAUCCCUUUAUCAGAUGAAACUCAAAUUAUUUAUGAAUCAAUAUUCAAUAGUUCAAAUAUUCCUUAUGUAGACUUGGCGGUUUUUGGUAAUUCAUCAGAUCUUAGACUUGAAUUAUUAAACCAAUUUGAUUUUGUAUUUGUUGACUCAUUGACAUUCAAUGAAAUUAUUCUAGAAACUCCUGUUAUUAUGUUAAAUUCUCCUGAACCUAUUCCUCAGGGUUAUUCUCUUGAAGUAAUCUCGAUAAUGAAAAACAUUCACCAUAAAUUACUUUUACCAUUAAGUGAAUCACAAUAUGAAAUGAUUAAAUGGAUCGCUUCAACAAUAAAAUUUUCACAAAAAGAAAUUGUACUCAAACAAUUAAAAACUUCAAUUUAUUAUCCACAAUUUUCUCAAAUUAUACCAAACUCUCUUCUUUCUCCUAUUGAUGUGUUUUUACCUAUUUUUUGUUCUUUAUGUAAAACAAAAAGAGUUUGUAUCUUAUAUCCUUCUUUCUCAGAUAUUUAUUAUGCUUUCAGUCAAUUUGAUAUUCCCAUUGUAUCCAAUAAAAUUCAUGACAUUCAUAAUAUUAACCAAUUCAAUUCAAAUCUGAUUCAAAACAUUAUCAUAUCAGUUGAUACUCCAUUAACUUUUUCAUUAAACUCUGUUGAUAUUGUAAUAUCUUUUGACCUUUCAGAUACAACAGCCGAGCAAUUCAUUAACAAUAAAUGUACAUCAUCAACACCCUUAUAUUAUGUCCAUUUAAUACUAGACCGUUCACAAUUUUUGUAUUCAACAAUUAUUCCUAAUUACUCUUCUGACUCUUAUUUGAAUAUUCUACAAGAUUCAUCUACUUUACCUCAACAUAUUUGUUUAAACCAAGACUUCGGCUCUUUUGUGAAUUCCUUUCAAAUGAAUUGUUGCACUUUCUCUUCUAAUACAGGAAUAUUUCAAACAUUAUUCCCUAAACAAGAAGAUCUCAAUAAGAUUAUUCUAGUCAACCAGUUCAAAGAAGAAAUUAAUAUAAGAACAUCACAUAACAGUGACCAAAUCAAAUUUGAAAUUUCCCAACUUAAAGAGAAUGUUAAUACUCAUAAUACAUUCUUUCAAAAGAUGGAACAUUAUUUUUCUACUACUACACAAGAACAAAACACUACCACAAAAAAACCUUCAAAACCAAAAGAAGAAGACACUACCUCUAAGAGUCUUUCAAUUUCAAGAGAAGAAAGUAAUAGUAAGAAACCUUCCAUGACAAAAGAUCUAAAAAUAAAUCAGACUGACGACUUAAAACGAACGACUCAGGUAAAUAAAAAACAUUCCUUAACAUAUUCUUCUCUUGAAAAUACAGAGACACAAUCCCAAAAUACUGAAACAACUUCAACAGAAAACCUUAAACAAAUACCUAAAAAAAUAACAGAAGAAAUGAUAAUGAAACAAGUCCAAUCUAUCUUUAAAAGUUUCAUGCAAGAAAGUCAAAAAACUAAACCAUCUGACUUUAAUUUAACAUGCUCUGGAUAUGCAAAACAACUCAUAGACUGUGUUCAAACUGUUGGCACGAAUAGGAAUCGUAUUAUUGAAAGAUGCCCAGAGUUAAAAGUAUUUACUGAAAGUCAAAUUGAUCAAGCAACUUCAUCCUACUUAAACUGUAUUAAUACGUAUCGACAAGAACUUGCUGAAACAAUUCAAUUUAUAAAUGCUAUUCAUCUUUUCCAAGAGAAAUUAAAUCGUGGAAUAUUGACAGAACUCCCAAGAACAGAUGACCCAGGAUGGACAUAUGUCUUAGACCUACUACUCAUUAGGUCAAUUGCAACAAAGGGAUAUAAGAAAACGUUUGAGUGUUUAUCAGAAAUACCAAUUUAUGUUGGUCUAGAAAAAGCAGGAUUUUGUUCUCAAGAAAGUAAACUAGAGGCAGUAAGACGAAGAGUACAACAUUUAAAGGGAUAUAUGAAAUGA